GCUGGAGGCUCUGCGGGCCGCCCACCCCACGGUCCCUGCCUGGGAGGACGUUCCUGAAAGUAAACACCGCCUACUCCUCCUGCCCAGUGAGUGCGCCUGCCACGCUCCACGCAGACCAAGCUCCCAGUCUCCAGGCCCCCUCACCCUCCACAGGCUGGCUUUGCUGAGGAUGAGCGAGCUUCACCCCUGGGCCAGAUGCCCCCCUUUCUGUGUGGCCAGCGUCGGGAGAAUCCUCACUUGUGCCUUGUUUCUCCUGGGUUGCUGGGGACUCUCCGAUUUCCAGCAGGGUUUUCUUCAGGCUUUGGAGCCAGAGGAGGUAUUGUCUUACUUUGGCCCUGAUGCUACCUUAAAAGGCCGCCCUCCUUCCCCUCACCUCCGCCUCCGGAGAGGGGCUGCAGGGGGCAUCCUGCACCUGGAGCUGCUGGUGGCCGUGGGCCCCGACGUCUACCAGGCUCACCAGGAGGACACGGAGCGCUACGUGCUCACCAACCUCAACAUCGGGUCGGAACUGCUGAGGGACCCGUCCCUGGGGACACAGUUCCGAGUGCACCUGGUGAGGAUGAUCAUUCUGACAGAGCCUGAGGAUGCUCCAAAUAUCACCGCCAACAUCACCUCAUCACUGAUGAGUGUCUGUGAGUGGAGCCGGACAAUCAACCCUGCAGACGACGAGGAUCCUGGACAUGCUGAUCUGGUCCUCUACAUCACCAGAUUUGACCUGGAGUUGCCUGAUGGUAACCAGCAGGUGCGGGGAGUGACCCAGCUGGGGGGCAUCUGCUCCUCCUCCUGGAGCUGCCUUAUCACUGAGGACACUGGCUUCGACCUGGGGGUCACCAUCGCUCAUGAGAUAGGGCACAGCUUGGGCCUGGAGCACGACGGCGCGCCCGGCAGCGGCUGCGGCCCCAGCGGCCACGUGAUGGCGUCGGACGGCGCCGGGCCCGUCCGCGGGGACCUGGCCUGGUCCGCCUGCAGCCGCCGGCAGCUGCGGCGCCUGCUCGGCGCAGGACGGGCGCGCUGCGUGUGGGACCCGCCGCCGCCGCAGCCCAGGCCCGCGGGACGCCCGCCCGAGGCGCAGCCAGGCCUCUACUACGGCGCCCAGGAGCAGUGCCGCGUCGCCUUCGGCCCCGCCGCCGUCGCCUGCACCUUCGCCAGGGAGCACCUCGACAUGUGCCAGGCUCUCUCCUGCCACACAGACCCACUGGACCAGAGCAGCUGUAGCCGCCUCCUCGUUCCUCUCCUGGACGGGACAGAAUGUGGCGUGGAGAAGUGGUGCUCCAAGGGUCACUGCCGCUCCCUGGCUGAGCUGGCCCCCGUGGCAGCGGUACAUGGGCACUGGUCUAGCUGGGGCCCUCGCAGUCCCUGCUCCCGCUCCUGUGGAGGAGGUGUGGUCACCAGGAGGCGACGGUGUGACAACCCCAGACCUGCCUUUGGGGGACAUGCGUGCAUUGGUGCUGACCUCCAGGCUGAGAUGUGCAACACCCAGGCCUGUGAGAAGACCCAGCUGGAGUUCAUGUCGGAGCAGUGUGCCGAGACCGACAGCCAGCUGCUGCACCUCGCCCCGGGCAGCACCUCCUUCUACCGCUGGGUCGCCGCCGCAGAGUACAGCCAAGGGGACACUCUGUGCAGACACAUGUGCCGGGCCAUUGGUGAGAACUUCAUGGUGAGGCGGGGAGACAGUUUCCUGGAUGGGACGCGGUGUGUGCCAAGUGGCCCUCAGGAGGAUGGGACCCUGAGCCUGUGCGUGGCAGGCAGCUGCAGGGCGUUUGGCUGUGAUGGCAGGAUGGACUCCGGGCAGGUGCGCGAUGCAUGCCAGGUGUGUGGAGGAGACAACAGCACGUGCAGCCCACGGAACGGCUCUUUCACGGGAGGAAGAGCCAGAGAAUACGUCACAUUCCUGACGGUGACUCCUAACCUGACCAAUGUACACGUCGUCAACCACAGGCCUCUCUUCACACACUUGGCGGUGAGGAUCCGAGGGCGCUACAUCGUGGCUGGGAAGGCGAGCAUCUCUCCCAGCACCACCUACCCCUCCCUCUUGGAAGACAGCCGUGUCGAGUACAGGGUGGCCCUCACCGAGGACCGGCUGCCCCGCCUCGAGGAGAUCCACAUCCGAGGACCCUCCUGGGAAGACAUUGAGAUCCAGGUUUACAGGCGGUACGGCGAGGAGUACGGCGGCCUCACUCACCCAGACAUCACCUUCACCUACUUCCAGCCUAAGCAGCCGCAGGGCUGGGCCUGGGCCGCCAUGCGCGGGUCCUGCUCGGUGAGCUGUGGGGCAGGGCUGCGCUGGGUGACCUACAGCUGCCUGGACCAGGCCAGGAACGAGUGGGUGGAGGCCGCCCGGUGCCGAGGGAGCCUGCAGCCACCAGCAUGGCCGGAGCCCUGUGUCCCUGCACCCUGCCCUCCGUACUGGGCGGCUGGAGACUUCGGCCCAUGCAGCGCCUCCUGUGGGGAAGGUCUGCGAGAGAGGCUGGUGCACUGCGUGGAGGCCCAGGGCAACUUCCUGAGGAUAUUGCCCCCAGUCCAGUGCAGAGCGGUGGCCCAGCAACCAGCGGCAGUGGAAGCCUGCAACUCCCAGCCCUGCCCCACCAGCUGGGAGGUGACAGACGCCGGCCCAUGCACGUCGGCCUGUGGAGCAGGCCUGGCCUCGCAGAACGUGACGUGUGUGGAGGAGGGUUUGGAGGCUCCAGCAACUUCAGGGCCCUGCCCCACAGAUGAGGAGCCGCCUGUUCUCGAGCCUUGUGUCAGGACAGCAUGUCCUUCAGGCCAUCUGGACCCCAAGUCUCCAGGGGAGGGGGCUCCACCUCUAUCGGGCAGUGCCAGGCUGGCGGCUCGUGCUGCACACGUGUGGAUGCCUGUGAUGGGGCUGUGCUCCGUCUCCUGUGGGCGAGGCGUGAUGGAGCUGCGUUUUGUGUGCAUGGACUCUGCCCUCAGGAUGUCUGUCCAGGAAGAGCUGUGUGAUUUGGCAAGCAAGCCUGAGCACCGACGGGAAGUCUGCCAGGCAGUCCCGUGCCCUGCCCGGUGGGAGACCCGAGCUUUGGCGCCAUGCCCAGUGACCUGCGGAGGUGGGCGGGUGCCGUUGGCUGUGCGCUGUGUGAGGCUGGACCACGGUCACCCUGUCCCCCUGCCUCACUCCAAGUGCUGGCCAGUGCCCCGGCCAGGCCCCCUUGAGGACUGCAGCCUGGAGCCCUGCCCUGCCAGGUGGCGGUACAAGCUGGCAGCCUGCAGCAUGAGCUGUGGGGGAGGGGUCGUGCGGAGGAUCCUUUAUUGUGCCCGGGCCCAGGGGGAGGACAAUGAUGAGGAGGUCCUGCCAGACACCCAGUGCCAAGGUCUGCCCCGCCCAGAGCCCCAGGAAGCCUGCAAUCUGGAGCCCUGCCCACCCAGGUGGAAAGUCACAUUCCUUGGCCCCUGCUCAGCCAGCUGUGGCCUUGGCACUGCUAGACGCUUGGUGGCCUGCGUGCAACUCGACCGAGGCCGGGACGCUGAGGUGGAUGAGGCGGCCUGUGCAGCUUUGGUGCGGCCACAGGCCAGUGUUCCCUGCCUCAUGUCUGACUGCACCUUCCGGUGGCAUGUCAGCACCUGGACAGAGUGCUCCGUGUCCUGUGGGGAUGGCAUCCAGCGCCGGCAUGACACCUGUCUUGGACCCCAGGCCCAGGUGCCCGUGUCAGCCAACUUCUGCCAGCACUUGCCCAAGCCAGCGACAGUGCGGGGCUGCUGGGCCGGGCCCUGUGUGGGGCAGGGGACGCCCAGCCUGGCCCCCCACAAGGAAGCCACUGCUCCAGGCCAGACCAUUGCCGCCCCUGCUGGUGCUUCCCCAGAGUGGCCUCAGAUCGGGGCCCGGGCCCGCCUCCUCUCCCCAGCAACCCAGCCUCAGGGGCUCCUGCCCAGGCACCACGGAAGCCUGGCAGAGUCCAGUGCCUGUGGCAGGCAGCACCUAGAGCCAGCAGGAACCAUUGACAUGCGAGGCCCAGGGCAGGCAGACUGUGUGGUGGCCAUCGGGCGGCCCCUGGGUGAGGUGGUGACCCUCCAUGUCCUCGAGAGCUCCCUCAACUGCAGCGCAGGGGAGAUGCUGCUGCUUUGGGGCCGGCUCACGUGGAGAAAGACGUGCAGGAAGCUGUCUGGCCUGACUUUCAGCUCCAAGACCAACACGCUGGUGGUGAGGCAGCGCCGUGUGCAGCUGGCAAGUGGGGUGCUGCUGUGGUAUGGGAGCCAGCCUGCCCCGCGAGCUUUCCACAGAGAAUGUGACAUGCAGCUCUUUGGACCCCAGGGGAAAAUUGUGAGCCCCUUGCUGAGUCCAGAAGGGAGGAAUGGAGGUGGAUGCCGGCUCUUCAUCGAUGUGGCUCCACAGGCCCGGAUUGCCAUCCACGCCCUGGCCACAGGCAUGGGCGCUGGAACCGAGGGAACCAACGCCAGCUACGUCUCGAUCCGGGACAUCCACACCCUGAGGACCACAACAUUCCGCCGGCACCAGGUGCUCUACUGGGAGUCAGAGGGCAACCAGGCCGAGGUGGAGUUCAGCGAGGGCUUCCUGGAGGCACAGGCCAGCCUUCAGGGCCAGUACUGGACCCUCCCUUCUAGGGCACCAGCAAAGGACUAAGAAUGGGAGCCCAGCCGGGCCUGCCCUUUCUUCCCAAGCACGUCCCUCAGUUGACCCCAGGCCUGGAAGGGAAAGGAAGGAACCUGACGUCUAUUGAACGGGAGGUGUCUGACCAGCCCUGCAGGGUUGAACUCUGGUCUCUGAGUGCUUUCCAGUGCUAACUUCCUCCAAUCUUAGGUGUGUUUAGUGUCUCCUCCAGUGUGCUAAA